AUGGGUGCUGUGGUGAGCGAUCAGUUUAAAAUCCAGGACCCCGACGGGCAUACUUUUUACGUGACACCGAACGAAGCAGAAUUUACUAACAGAGAUCCCAUCUAUAAAGUUCAGUUGAAUACGCAUGAUUUGAAGAAAACCACAGGAUUGACUUAUCAGGUGGUACUGGUGUUUGUUUUGAAAGUUCACUGUUUACAGCAUUGCUUGGAAUGGCGAAGCAUACCUGACAAAGUUGAACGUUGCAGUGGUUCCGGAAGAGUCGCCUUUGCUGUUCCGACCAAAGAACUUGAACCAAUACAGAAGAAAGUGGAAGAAGCAAAGCAACAAAUUUUAACACCUUUAGAGAAGCUGGACACUCCUGGAAAAGCAGCUGUGCAAGUUGUCAUUCUUGCUGAUCCGAACGAUCAUGAAAUCUGUUUUGUUGGCGAUGAAGCAUAUCGUGAGCUGUCACGAGUGGAUCCGGAAGCCGAGAAAAAACUUUUGAAAGCAAUCGAUGAAGAUGACAGUGCAAAGUAUAAGAAGCCUGCCGAGUAA